AUGGGCAGAAUUUGUCUUGAUCACAUUGGUGGUACCUGUCUGUUUUCUUGUGCAAACUGCGAUACGAUUCUGACCAACCGCUCAGAACUCAUCUCCACUCGAUUCACAGGUGCCACUGGCAGAGCAUUUCUUUUUAACAAGGCAGUUAACCUGCAGUGCAGUGAAGUUCAAGACCAGGUCAUGCUUACUGGCCGCCACAUGGUUCGAGAUGUGAGCUGUAAAAACUGCAAUAGCAAACUGGGAGGGAUCUAUGAGUUUGCCACUGAAGACAGCCAGCGUUAUAAGGAAGGCCGUGUGAUCCUGAACGUGCUCUAGUUCGAGAGAGUGAGGGUUUUGAGGAGCA